AUGGCAACUGCUCUCGCCCUCGGUUUCGGAAUCGCCGCUACUGCCUUCUUCGGUCGUGCUGGCUUGGUGGCUUUCAAGCGCUACCGCGGUGGCACCAGCGCUGUAGGCAAGGCCUUUUACAAGGGCGGCUUCGAGCAAAAGAUGACCAGAAAGGAAGCCGCUCUUAUUCUCGAAACCACAGAACGCGGUCUCACUCGCGACAUCAUCCGCAAGAAGCACCGCUCACUCAUGCUGUUGAACCACCCCGAUCGCGGCGGUAGCCCUUAUCUCGCCACAAAGGUCAAUGAAGCGAAAGAAUUGCUGGAGAAGACGACAUAACCACCUCUGCCAUAUCACAUCACCAUCUUGUUUUACUAUCGUCCUUGGAACCGCAGCGCGGCGUUGGUGGUUUUUGCCCUUUUCCUGUUCGGCCGGGCCCAAUAUCCCUCUACCAAAAACAUACACCUCUUGUACAACAUCCCCUCUCUUCAUGAACAGAAAGAAUCAUUGUAUCUGCAUACCAAAUAACUAUACCGUUCGAGAAUCUAUCUUCCUCUGAACAACAAGAAACGCCUCGCUUUCUAUCCAUGUU